UCGAUCGACGCGACGCAGCUUCGAACGCGGACCAACUUCGCAGAGGCAGCAGAUCCACGCGAUUUCUUCCUCCUCCUUCGAUCUCAUAGCAUCGAUCAGCUUGUAGGGUUUCAGCUCCGGUGCGAUGAGUAGGGCUGGCACCGGAUUCGGUCUCUAUUGGAUCGCUCUGCUCCUCCUCCUCGUCUCGACUUCUUUGUCGGCCUUGGCGCAGGACGCGGAGACGGAUGGUGGCGAUAAUACCUCGGCCGUCUUGGCCAGACCGUUGGAUCGACGCACGAAAUUGCAUUUACCGCAGAUAUUAGCCCACCCGCUCAAGAAAGAUGAGGAUGCAAGUUGGGAAGGAGUUGUUUCCCUGGAACAGAAUGGGUUGGGUGUCUUUGAUGCUUUCUUUUCUAGCUUGUCCAUGAUCAUCGUCAGUGAGAUCGGGGAUGAGACCUUUAUAAUUGCGGCUCUUAUGGCAAUGCGCCACCCGAAGUCAAUUGUCUUGUCUGGUGCACUUAGUGCCCUUGUUGUGAUGACGGUACUGUCAACUGGGCUCGGUAGAAUUGUGCCCAAUUUAAUAUCAAGGAAGCACACGAAUAGUGCUGCUACAGUGCUUUAUGCAGUUUUUGGUUUGCGAUUACUGUACAUUGCCUGGAGAUCAGGUCCCAAGGCAUCACAGAAGAAGGAAAUAGAGGAAGUGGAAGAGAAACUGGAGUCCGGGCAAGGAAAGUCAACAUUGCGCCGCUUCUUUACCAGAUUUUGCACACCUAUAUUCUUGGAGUCGUUUAUUUUAACCUUUCUGGCCGAAUGGGGAGAUCGCAGCCAGAUAGCAACCAUUGCGUUGGCGACCCACAAGAAUGCAAUUGGAGUUGCAAUUGGAGCAACUCUGGGUCACACAAUAUGCACAUCACUGGCAGUGAUUGGAGGAAGCAUGUUGGCAUCCAAAAUCUCACAAAGAACCGUCGCCGCCCUUGGCGGCCUUCUCUUUCUUGGAUUCUCCUUGUCUUCGUACUUCUACCCUCCAUUGUGAUGAAAAAAAAAACAAAAAAACUGAGAGAAAAAAAUUGUGCUGAUAAUUUAUUUUUUCUCACAGGCAAAUUUGUAACACCAUUGUUUAUGUUUUGCUGUGCCCUGGCCUUCUUCUCACA